GCAUGGUAACUGUGUUUAGUGCUGCUCACACUUUAUUGGAUGUAAUGAUCUACAGAAUGCUUCCUAAACACUGAACUUAGGCAGCCCAUCUUGUGUGCUAGUCUAGUCUCCUGCUCUCAAAGUUGUAGGUUGUGCUGAGAAUAAAAGCGUAGUUCCAGUCCAAAGGAUUCCAUCUGAUUGCCCUUUCCCAAAGAAGGUGUCUUUCUAAGUCCUGUGGCAUGCCACAUGACCAAAAUGCACAUGCACGUAGGGGCUGUUCACUAAUAAGACCCAAGAGACUCAAAGGUGCACACAGUAUUUAUAAAUUAACAGUAUGGGUUACUGGUAUCUGAGAGAGGGUGCCAAUGUUGUUUAUAUACAGGAUUCUUCUUUCUUUUCUCCUCCCGCUUAGCCUUAGGCUCUCUUGGCCUUUAUUAUAUCCAUUGGGUAGGGGAACAUUUCAUGGAGGCUUGUAUCUUAGUAAUGUUUAUGUCUCUCUCUCAGGAGGGUGUUAAGCAUGAAAUUGCAUAUUGGGUUAUGUGUACAUUUUUUAAUUAAAAAAUUAUUUUUUAUUUUAUAUAUGUAAAUGUUUUGCCUGCAUGAAUAUCUGUGCACCACUUUCAUGCCUCGAGUCCAGGGAGGCAGGAGGAGGGUGUAGGAUCCCCUGGAACAGGAGUUAUAGACUGUUGUGAGCCACCAUGUAGGUGCUGGGGAUCGGACCUGGAACAGUAGCCAGUGCUCUUAACUGCUGAGCCGUCUCUCCAGCCUCUUCUCACAUAGCUUACAUACACAUAGAAAUUCUGUACUGAACCAUAGGUGACCUACGUUUGGCUCCUCUUAAAGCUCGAAAUGCUCUAAAGACUCUUCUAGCCCUCCAUGGAAUUCAGUGAGGGCAGAGGGCAGGGAUUCUCCCACCAUGUAUACAAAGGUUUCAUAAUUCACCCUGAGAGUUUGUUUUUUGCCUGCUAAGGCAUGUUAACAAAAUGUGAAUAACGGAGAAUCUUAAGAAAUGAGAUAUAAAACUUUAAGUUAUAAAAUAAAGCCAAUUACAUUGGAAAAUGUCAACUAUCCAAAAAGCUAUUGCUGGCAUAUUGCUAUUUUGCUCACCAUUUUGAAGUUUACCUUCUUUUCCUCCUCACUUCUCUCUGUCUGUGUGCAUGUCUGUCUGUCUGUCUGUCUCUCUGUGUGUGCAUGUGAGUGUAUAUGUGAGUGUGCGUGCACGCAUGUGGUUUUGCAAUUUUGGUUGGGACUUGCUAUGAGGACCAGGCUGGCCUUGAACUUGUGAUGAUCUUCUUGCCUCUGCCACCGGACUGCAGGUGUGAACCUUCACUGCAGACCCCUCCAUGUGUCUUGUCUGUAUUGACAUUCCCGUCCACCUGCAGUAGAGGGGAAAGAAAGACGCGUAUGUUUGGGGGCAGCAGUUAUUAUUAAAACAGCACAUUCCUGUCAUUCUGCACUUCAAUAACCACAUGCCCCUCGCUCACUGACACUAGCAUAUUUUACCAUUUUUUUUCCCGCCAACAAAUGAGAUUGGUUAUUCUAGUCCCUAUACCCAGCACCCAAGACGGACUAGAAAAUACAGAAAAUGCUUUUACUUAUUUUCACUGAGAUUCUGAAAAUUGGAAAAUUGUUCUUCCCAAAUUUGAAUACAAUUUAUAACCAAAAACGAUACAUGUUUGCUUCAGGAGUUUUCUUGACUUUAUUUUUAACUCAUGGAAUCACAACAUAGUGUGAUUUAGCUAUUGACCAGAAUUCAGUCUACAGCAUAGUAAGAAGAACACUCCACCUGCUAAUACUUGCCCUUCUCUCUCUCUCUCUCUCUCUCUCUCUCUCUCUCUCUCUCUCUCUCCCCCCCCCCCCCGGGGUUGGAAAAGCUGGCAGGGGAGCCUCAUGACUUGCCUGUGGCCACUACAUCCUUAUUAGAACACAGUGACACUGAAUUGCAAACCUUGAACUUCACUUUGUCAAAGUACAAUCCUCUACACUGGAAGAUAAGGAAUGCUUUCUAAUUUACUUUACUUCAAACAGCUUCUCUAUAAAAAUGGUGGGUUUUUCCCCCUGCUAUUCACUGUGAGACUGGAGGAACUGUGUGCAGAAACUCCAUGUCCACACCCAGGAGUGAGCCUUUGGGUUCGCAGUGCUGGACAAAGGCACUACCUAGCUGGUUUUCAAUCAGCGAUUCUGUGAUUCUCAACUUCUCUCAGCCUCUUCUCUUUCAUGGCCACAGGCUAUCUAAUUAAACUUCUCUAUGCCUCACUCUGCUCAGACCAUCUCACAUCUGUCUUGUGCAUAGAAAAUGCUUCACAGUCCUUUGGGGGAAAGUGUAUUGUAUAUUAAUUGGAUAUGUGGGCAGUGUUUGAAUGGGAGAUUGAGCCCUCAUUUCAAUACAUUAAAUUGAUAUGGCGAGCUCAGCGUGGUCUCUUUCCUCUUUUCACUUCUUCUAAGUUUUUUGAACUUUGAACAGGAAAAUGUGGUUUCACUUUGGCAAAUAAGGUUAUGGGUUUUUUUCCUUUUUAUUACACUUUUUUAAACAUAUAGAGGUAAAAAGAAUAGUAUAAUAAACCCUCAUAGGCUAUAACCUACCUUUAAAGAUUAUUAACAUCCUAUUAUGCCAUUUUAAGGGCUAUAGAGUUACCAGUGAGCACAAAUCUGGCUCAUUAUUAAAAUGAAAUUUUACGAAGAAUAGGAUGAAAAUGAGCUCUUGCUAUUCAAUGUGCCAUGAAACAUUUAACAGUGAAAAUAUUCAGAUUAAAGGGAAUACAUUAAUUUAAAUUUUCAGUUCUUAAGUCAAUCUUGAAAGUUUUGAAUGUUUUUUUUUAAUUUGUUUUGUUUUUGUUUUUGUUUUUUGAGACAGUGUUUCUCCAUGUAGUCCUGGAUAUUCUGGAACUCCCUAUGUAGACCAGGCUGGCCUUGAACUUACAGAGAUCCACUUGCCUCUGUGUCACCUCACUUAGCCUGAAAGUUUAGAAUGUUUUAAGGCUACGUAAGACAUAAUAUUAGCUGAAAAUUUGAAAGUUUGAACAGAGAUCCCCCUGCCUCUGCAUGAAAGUUUUGAAUGUCUUAAGGGUGGGUAAAACAUAAUAUUAACCAAAAAUUUGAAAUUAUUCUUUAUGACAACUUUUGACUCAAACCAAAGGUUAAAUUUUACUAUGAUCUUUUCCUGUUCCUUCAGGCAAAGGAGCCAAAUAAUGAGGAGAAUGUUGGAAAAUAUUCAAAAAUGGAAAUUAUUCUCAUUACUGCUAUUGCUCAGGAGCAACAAUCAGAUUGAGACCAUCACAGGUCUGGAGGAACUGAAAGCCUUGCAGAACCUGGAUCUGUCCCACAAUCAGAUCAGUAGCCUCCACGGCUUGGAGAACCAUGACCUCCUGGAGGUGAUUAACCUCGAGGAUAACAAGAUUAAGGAGCUGAGUGAAAUAGAAUACAUUGAAAAUCUUCCUAUCCUUCGAGUUCUCAAUCUACUAAGGAAUCCAAUUCAGACCAAACCCGAGUACUGGUUCUUCGUGAUAUUUAUGCUGCUGCGACUGACAGAGCUAGAUCAGCAGAAGAUUAAGGUGGAGGAAAAGGUUUAUGCAGUGAAUAAGUAUGACCCUCCCCCUGAAGUGGUUGCUGCCCAAGAUCACAUGACACAUGUCGUCAACAGCAUGUCGCAGCCACAGAGGAUCUUCGACAGCACUCUGCCAAGUCUGGACGCCCCUUAUCCCAUGCUCAUACUGACUGGGCCUGAAGCUUGUGGGAAACGAGAACUUGCCCACCGCCUCUGCAGACAGUUUAGUACUUACUUCAGAUACGGGGCCUGUCACACCACAAGACCGCCUUACUUUGGUGAAGGGGAUCGAGUUGAUUAUCACUUUGUUUCCCAAGAGGUUUUUGAUGAAAUGCUGAGCAUGGGGAAAUUUAUUUUAACAUUUAAUUAUGGCAAUCAUAAUUAUGGAUUAAAUAGGGACACUGUAGAAGGUAUUGCAAGAGAUGGAUUAGCAAGCUGCAUCCAUAUGGAAUUAGAAGGUAUAAGAAGUUUGAAAUAUUCCUAUUUUGAGCCUCGAUAUAUCUUGGUGGUGCCUAUGGACAAGGAAAAAUAUGAGGGAUACUUGCGAAGAAAGGGAUUGUUCAGUCGCGCAGAAAUCGAAAUUGCCGUCUCCAGGGUGGACCUUUAUGUUAAAGUUAACCGGAAAUUUCCAGGAUAUUUUGAUGCAGUAAUCAAUGCAGAUGACCUGGACAUUGCCUACCAAAAGCUCAGUGAGCUCAUUAGAGAGUACCUGGGGUUGACUGAGACAGCCAAGAAGGGCUUGGCUCCAACUGCAGGAGCUUCCUCUAGCAAGAAGACCGUCUCUGGGGUCCCUGCACACCUGGUCCCCUCCCCCAGGCGCUUGGCAAGACUACAAGCAGAUGGCCAGAAAACAGAGGCUUUCCUGGAAGUUCAGCCUCAUGCAAUGAUCCCUGAAAAUCAGAACCCCACUCUCCCACAGAGCCAAGACUUAACUGAGGAGGGAGAAGCCCCUAAGAAGGAGGCUAGUCCCAGCCACCUGGAUCUACCUCAGCAGACCCAAGACAUAUCACCAAAGGUGAAGGAAGAGGACGGUCAGCCAGCCAACCUUCCUCCAAAAAUAACCACUGAGACGGAGGGCCCUGAAGAUGAGCCUGUGCCACCUGUGCUAGAAGCAGGACAGUCUUCCACAAUGGCGUCUCAAGAGCCACCUCAGCAUCCUGCUCCGGCUCCCCCACUCAGCCCUCAGCUAGAUCAGGAUAAGGAAUCUGGAGAGACCAAAGUAACCCCUAACAACCCAGCCCUAUCGGAACCUGCACAGGGACCUGACCCAGCUUCUGUCAGUCCUCAGAGAGUCCAGGAUGAGGGAGCAGAGUCAGCCAAUCUUGCAUCCAGUAGCUCCACGCACAAUCUUCCAGAAGAUCCUUCCCAUGCUGAGAUAGAGAAGCCUACUGUAGGCUCUCAACCAUCUCUGAAGGAGGAAACCCCCAAAGCAGAAGUUAUGCGGGCCAGUACUCCUUACCCCGAAAUUCCACCUCCCCAAGACUCAUCCACAAAGGUCAGGGAACAGCCAGUAGCCUUGCUUCCUAGGAGCCGGCUGGCUCCUACCAGAUUGCCACAGCCCCAGACCCUGGCUCCUCUCCAGAGCAGGAGACCCACCCCCAAGCUUCUCUCUCCCAGCAGGGAAGAGGCUUUGGGGACAAGCUCAGAACAGACCCCGAAUCCCUCUCCCAGGUCUCUUCCAACUCAGGAUGGAGACCCCAGUAAGCUUCCUCCUAUCAGCCCUCCCCAAUCCAAACCACCCCAAAACCCAAGCCCCCAUGCAGUCCACAGUCCACAGCAAGCCCAGGUUGAAAAAGGCAGUGAGGUGAAGCUCCCACUUAUUAGCCCCCCAGUCCAGGAACAAGCCCUGCAACACACCCCCAAACCACCCCAGGAAGAGGAGGCACCUACGGUUCGGCUCCCAAAUAUUCCUGCUCCCUCCACAGAACCCCAUCUUCCUCAGAACACCGAGCCAAGGCCUGCUUCGAAGCCUGCAAGGGAAAGGAAAACUCCAAAAGUAGGCCGUGCCUCCAGUAAGAAAGUUCUGGAUCUGCAGGCCACACCUCACAGCCAGGAGCUCACCAAGCAGAAGGGAGCUAGGAAGAAAACCCUCACGCAGAGAGAGACAGCUAAAGAGUUGCCACACCCGAAAAAGAUGCCAAUCGGGAACUCUCAGACAGCCCAGCAGCCAGAAUCCCACAGCAGGCCCACUCCGAGGAAUGAGUCUGAUGCACUUGACUUCAGGUCUUCUCCAGGCCACACUGAACCAGUGUCAGCAGACCCCCAGAACCGGGAGAAAAACCGCAAAGCACACAAUCCCAGAAAGAAGGCACAAACCAAUCCCACCCCAAAGGACGCGUCUCAGUCCACGCGUACAUCCCCAAACGGAGAAAUGUCUGAAGGGUUAACUCAAGGAAAUGAAACUGCCCUCAGCGAGGAUCAGCCAACCAGAGAGGGUCAGCCCCCACAGGCCACGGACCAGUCAGCACAGGACAUUGCAGUCCCUAGCCAGCUGCGGGCCAAGGAGUCGCAAGCCCAGAGGAACACCAGGGAGACCAGACAGAGCUACGCCCAGAGGCACAGCAUUCUUGUAUCUAAGCAGCAAUCCAAAGAAAAACGAACCCGAAAAAAUGGAGGUGUACCUCAGGACAGAAGUCCUGCUGCUCCCCAGAAUGAGGUAUCACAGGAGGAUCCGGGUAGCCAGACAGGAAGACUGCGAGCCAGGGGCAGCCAGAGUAUCAAAGUGUAAGCCUGGGUUUCUACGAAGCAGUGCUCCUCGGAAGCUGUGCUGUCACUGGUUGGAAAAGCAAUGGCUUCCUUCUGCAGUCACUGGUCAGCACCUUGCUUUGGGGGUCUCAGAAGUCAUUGUAACUCUGCUUCCCAUGUGAUAGCAUUGGUGGAAGACCCUGCCAACAGCUCAGUCAGUCUAGAACACUCGAUGACUGGUGUCAAGAAGUCCUCGUGUUCAACUCUGAACUUAAGUGGGAUUUCAUGACUGAACCUGGGCAGACUGCUGUCUUCCUUAGGAAAAUUCGCUUCUAGAUUAGAAAUCUUCUUCAUGCUUUUUGCAUCAUUGGAGAGGGCUGCAGCAAAAGGAACUCUGCAAAAAGAAACCUUGCAGUUUUUAAGGAUUCCCAGCCUGCAGUUAACUUGUGAGGGUGCAUCUCUCCAAGGCAGACACUGGCCGAGCCGAGCAUUUGAGGUCCACAUUGGUAUGUUAUGAAACCUCCUUCCGUAUUUCCAGAUGAAUACCUUUCUUCUGUCCUCGAAUAGGAAUCUCGUGGUCCAUGCCUUCAUCAUGCCAAAGCUUCUGGAUGAGUCAUUUAAAAGAAAUUUGUGGGAAGAAAAUUCAGGGGAAUCAGUUUUCAUCUGUCUCUCCAUAUUUUUCUGUUAUAUUCCUGUCAAUGAGUAAGGUAUAGCCAUGGCCAGCCUGUGGAAAGCUAUUAGCAGAAAGUACGUGUGUGUCUCACAUAACCAACCUAUGGGAAGGGCAAAGGUGGAGUGGGCUCUCAGAGAGACAAGGGGCCAGCUAUUGAACAUCACCAAGGUUCUCGUUAUCUCCUGGACUAAGCAAGAGCCUGGGGCCCCCAUCAAUUCUCACUUCUGUUGUUCUCCAUGUUGGGUCCAUUCUUUGAACCACAAAUGGUUAUAAGCCAUCCUCUCUACAUACAGGGACGUGAACACGAACAACUCUCAAGUUACGUCAGGUGGCAUCUCUUACCUCUGUUAUAAAGACAUUCAUUUAAACCAUCCCUAAUCCUGAGAUUUAAAAGAAAAUCCAAGGAAAGACCAACUGCCCCUUUGACUAAACAUUCAUCUGGAACAAACAAAUGGGCCUGGCCACCGCCAACCAUCGCCCACUGGGUCCACUGCUCUAGAUGGAGACUGCAUUUCCAGAAAGAAAGAUAGCUGCAGUCAAGACAAUCAGCCCACAAUUCCAUUCUUUAAAAAAAAUCUCAGAAGAUAAUUAUUGAAAGAUAACUGAACACAAAAAUGACAUCCGUAUUUCAUCAUGUAACGAAUGACUAGAGCCUGUGUCUUGUCAUAUUCAAAAGCUAUGUGCUCACAAACCUGCACAACCAGCAAAUGUUAUUCCAAGUGCAAUAGAGGACAUGGAUAUUUUUUAAGUCAGGGAUGUAAGGGAGCCUCUCAGCAGACAAGACUGUUCUCAUAACUGUAGUAUUAGUAGUUAUCUUUUGAUUUAUCUGCCUUCUCCAAGAUCAAAAGCUAUAGGAUGGUUUUUUUUAAGUAGCUUAUGUUUAUUAAGUGAAGUCAUUACCAAGUAAGCCUUUAUUGAGCAUUUUCUCUGAACCAGACAUAGUAAUGGUGGCUAGGUAUGUAGUAAGAUGAUGCUGACAUGUUUGACCAAGAUCUAUUCCUACACCGUGAAAUCAAGGUGCCUAGAACUCCCAACGCAUGCUCAGAUGUAUUUGUCACCUCACAGAUAAGAAAACUCACUGGUUUGCUUUUUUAUACUGUAGUAAGGCUUCUCUCUGAGAAGGCCACUGAGUUCAGCCUGCUAGAGCUGUCCCAGGAAACACUUCAGUGAAAAGUUCAUCCCUCGGCUGAGUCUUCAGGGUUGCAGAAUUGGUCAGUAGGUGGAUGGGGUAAGGGAUCCAGUUGCCUAAACACACAGGCAGGAGCAGCUAGUGUCUCCUUAGAACCCAGAUGCCAUGAGAAGGAACUUGAGAAGCCACAUCUUGUAGCAGCAAAGGGAGGGCUGGGUGCUUCAAUGUGUGCUUCAGAGAUAAAGUUAAGAAAGACAAUACAGAAUGACUGGCACAUCAUGGUGGGAGUCAGGACAGGGCAAGGUAAGGGCCUGAAAGAUGGCACUGGUGUCGGGGAAGGUCAAAUCCAGUUGGUAUUUAGCUUAGCUGUGGAGAGGUGAGUUAUAAAAGACAACAAGCAAAGAAUUGACUGCCUUUUUCCUUUCUUUCUUUCUGUCUGUCUGUCUUCCUUCCUUCCUUCCUUCCUUCCUUUCAUUCUCUCUCUCUCUCUCUCUCUCUCUCUCUCUCUCUCUCUCUCUCUCUCUCUCUCUCUCUUUUGAGAGGGUGUCACUCUGUAGCCUUUGCUGGACUGGAGCUUGCUAUAUAGACCGGGUUGACUUUGAACUCAGAGAUCCACCCAUGUCUGCCUCCUGAGUGCUGGGAUUAAAGGUGUGAACACGAUGCCCAGCUCACCACUCACUUUCUGUAUUCGGCAUUUGGGGUGCUGUAGUGAACCUGGUUAACAGGCUUCGGAAUCACGUUGGGUGUCCAGCUCUUGGCUGUUGAUGGAGGUCCUUGGAGCAGCCCUUUUCUUUAGUGUUCUAGUGGGACACACUAAGCCAGUGUCUCUCUGCUGUGAGGAGUCUCUGGGCCUGGGAACUCAUAAUAAGAGAGGGUUUUUUUUUUCCUUUGUGCUUCUUUUGUUUCUGUGGUUUGAAGUUGUAUGCCUCAGACUUGCUGCUGUUGGACACUUUGAAAGGAGUAGGAAAGACUGAGAGGAUUUUGCUGCUAGUAUUGAUUACCUUGCUACAAGGAAAAAAUAAUUUUCAAUGCAGAGUAUAAAUAUUUAAAAUGGUCAUUUUCCCAUCUACACCAACAGGCAAAGUUCACAUCGCCUCCACCUGGUUUUGUCGCAAAGUGAUCUUUAGAGAGAAAAAGAAAAGCCAGGUUGGCUUUAAAAGUCACUGUACUCCUAAUACCUGCUUCUUAGGGAAGUCUGGCAUUUAGUGUUCAAAUGCUGAGGGCAUUCCCACCAGGCGUAUCUUCACAUGUGAAGAGCUGAGCCCCCAGAAGACAGAGAAGGCACAAUUACAAGUCACAAAAGAGGAAGUAAGAAAAUCUCCAAUAAGUAUGUCAGAAACAGUUUAUCCUCACUUUUAAGUUCAAACAGAACAGACUUCUUUUGAGAGCAAGCUGGGACAUAUAAAACAGGUUAAGAUCUAUUCAGGUGAGGAAGAUAAUGGGCAUACUUUCCUAAAGAACAGUUUUCUACCCUCUGUCGAAGAGUUACAGUUUACACUUUAAUCUGAUCAUGUAGAUCCAAGUUACCACGAAGAAGUGUGCAUGGGACUGUUCAUAUCAAGUUUUAUAGUGAAGGUGAGAAAUACUCGAUGUAAUGGGAUGUUUGAAAUGCACUUACAACAUAGCCAUCUGCUAGAGACAUCUACCUUCUGUUGGCCUUGUAAUCAUGUAGAAUAUUUAUUUGAAAGAUGGUGUUCUUUACAUAUGAGGGAGAAAGGGUUAAGAAGGUACAAUCAACUUGGCUCUUAUGUUAGCUCCAGAGUGCUAGGUUGUGACAAUUUUUUUCUCUCAUUUAUGCUUUUGGUAUUCUCUAAAUUUUCUGCCAUAUCUAUUUAGUCUUUUCAACUUGACAUAAUAAGGGACUUCCUAGAGUCCAAGGUGACCUGCGGAAAAACAGAAUGGCUUCCUCCGGGCAUCAGAUGUAUUGCCUUAGAAAAAGAGCUUCUCUAUGUUGGGUGACUUUAUGGAAUGGAUGGGAGCUAAGGUUUUCUUUAUGACCUAUGAUCCACGUACGACAACUGGUCUACUUGGUUAUGAAGAAUCCAGCCGCCCUUUCAUUACAUAGCAUGCUUUUGUGGUAGGAAAUGGAAUGUUCUUAGUAUUCAUUAGCUCCCUGGCCCAAAAAAUAUUUUUUUGAGGGAGCUUCAUAGAUAGAAGUAUAUAUUUCACAGUACCACAAUCCAGUUAACACAACUACAUAAAGGUAAUAAAAUAUUCUAAGACAUCCUUCAUAGGCGACGGACUCGUAUUUUCCAUGGUGCUGAGUUUAAAUUUCCUAAAUGCAGUAGGUUGUGGCCUACUAAAUCAAUUUUACAUCGUAGUUUGCAAUCUACAGUUUGAAAGGCUGUGCACCGAACCUCAACUUUGUCCAGUUCCUAGGGCCUGCUUGCCAGGGUCUCCUGCUUUCUCUGUCUGCCUUCAGGUUGGCUGGAUAACCUAGCCUCACCUCAUACUGAGUUCUUCUCUGGGAGCAGGAGCUGGCGUACUGGCAGUUACACCCUUUGUUAUUAUUGGCCUCAGCCUGAAUAUAUCCAAGCUUCCUGUACAUAGCUAUAUGCUCUUAUACAAAGCCUACAAAACAUUCGUUAUCAAUGGGGAUGCUACCAUUGAAUGGUCAACUCCCACGCCCUAACUCCAUGACUACCCUAUAAACAACACUGUUACAAUAAAGGAGCCUCCAAAUCCCACUUCAGGUCUGAGUGUUGAUUCUGUAUCUAGCACCGUACGUCUAUAAAUGAUUUACCUGCGUGGUAGGAUUUGAAAUGAUGGUUUUGUGUUAACUAGGCAUCCAGAGAAGAGAGCAAACGCCUGCCCCUCUUUCUUUGUGUUGAUAGGUAGGUGGAUGGUAAUGUUAGCAGUGUAGACUGCUAAUCUUCAGGCCGACUGUAGGAUAUCCAUCAUGAGCAUCAAAAUGAUGUUAAUGAUUGUAACCUUAGAAACUCGAUUACAAACAACACUGAAAGUCAAAAAACAAUCCCUGGAAACUUGAGACACACUACAAUCUAGUCAGAAGGGAGUGAGUGAAUGAGCGAGUGUGUGAGGAGUGAGGAGUGAGUGAGUGAAGAGUGAGUGAGGAGGGAGUGAGAAGUGAGUGAGUAGCGAGUGAGGAGUGAGUGAGGAGUGAGUGAGUGAGUGUGUGAGGAGUAAGUGAGGAGUGAGUGAGGAGUGAGUGAGUGAGUGAGUGGGUGAGGGGUGAGUGAGUGAGUGAGUGAGUGAGUGAGUGAGUGAGUGGUGAGUGAGGAGUGAGUGAGUGAGUGAAGAGUGAGUGUACUGAAAGAACAAUGUCUGCCGCAUGGUUUGUACCAAGAUGAGAGUUUGUUAGCACUAACACAUAAACAGCAAAAGAAUAUUACAUUUGAUCAUGAACUAGAACAGGACAAUGUAUCCUAUUUAAUCUAAGUAGAGUGUUUGUUAAAUGAAACUAUCUUCUCAGUAAAUACUUUUAUGAUUUCAGCCUUGUCUAAAUUAAGGAGCUUAGAGAACAUUAGAAUGAUACUAAAAUCAUUAUGCUUCGGUGUGAUAUUCCUAAGAUGGGGGCUUCUUCAGUGGGCAUUCACAGGCAGCCAGCCACUGCAGAAGAUAAGGAGGGGCAUGACACCGGAUUCAGUGGGGAAUCUCCCUGUGGCAUACACACCAAACGCUUAGGAUAACAGCUGGCAUGUAGCACACACUCAAUAAAUGCUAUCUGUUCUUUUUAUUGUUAUCUCGUUGUUGAUAGAGAUAGAAUAUAUUUUACUUCAUAGAGAGCAAAUGCUGUCACAUUGCCAUUAUGUGUCUGGGUAAUAACUUUGGUUUUUUCUUUGUGGUGGCUUUUACCCCUGGAUCUACAGGCCCUCAGUUUCCAAGAACAAAGCCAAACAUCCCAGUGGAGAAAGGCAGGAAAACUUUUGUUGGGGAAAGCAACCAAUUAAAACAGUACCUAAGAGCAAGUUGUUCCCAAGGCUGAGUUGGGCCAGAGGCAGCAGUGUAAACCCAGGUCCCAGCGGCUCAAGAGGAAAGAGGGUCCCUUAAGUCAAGGGAGGUUAGCAGCAAGGGACUCUUUCAGAGGUGGACGUGUGGGGCAUCAGAAAUAUUUAUUCAGAUAUAUUGGUCAAAGGAGAGGAAACUUUAGGGCUGUGCCAAAGCUCCCUGUAGGUUUCUGUCCCCUCCUGCCUGUCACUGCGAGUUCCUCCUAUCAGUCUCCAAUUUCCCAUGUACUGCAGAUCGUAUAAACCAAGCUUCUACCCUUGACCGUUGCACACCCACCCCCGAAUGUUUUAUUUCUUCAAAGCAUCAACUAACAACUUUGUGCUAAACUUUCUCAUUUUGUAAAACGUUCUGUCAUUACCAUACAUUUUAAUUGGAACGUUCUGGAUUUCGGUGUCUGAAUGCUGGCUUGCUGGUGUUCUGUUGAAGACAUUACAAAACGCAAAGUCUGGAAGAAAGAAAAGGUUUUGAACUUCAUUUUCUCUGUGUAUGAAUAUAUUUUCUCAUGCGUCCUUUUUCCUGGUGUGGAAUCUGUUUCUGUUUAAGUAGCUAGCGAAGAAUAGAGCACCUCACUGUUGGAAUAGUUUAGCAAAUGUAUUCAUUUUGCCAUUGAAACAUGAACAUUAUUACUCUAUCUCCUUAGAUUUAUGAGAUCCCUUGCUACGUAGUGUCUGUUUUGCUAUGGAAAAUUAUCAUGGGUAUUAUAUGAAAUGAUUUUUCUACUUCCUAUUAUUCCUUUCUUACUACACAAACAGACACGAUGUUUUUGAGAUGCAAUUCUGCUUUGGAAAAAUAGCUUCUUUUGGUACCUUCAGUUUUGUGAAAAUAUUCCCUAAUGAACCCAAUGUUUUUCAUUUCCCACCACAAAUUGUGUUACCGUCCUAUUAGAAAUAAAUAUUUUACAUGCUGUAGCACAUUACUGUGCUUAAAUUCGUCCUUGAGUCAUUCUCGUGGUUGGAUAUUUCAUGAUGUAUACUUUAUAUGCAUAUUUCUUGUAAAAGGUUGUGGGAAUUUACUUGUGUAUGUGUACUAAUUAUGGCAGGGAUAAAUUACUCCUAGUUAAAAUAAAACUGCAUGUUUUUAGAGCCUUCUUUUGUGGGAGGAAAAAAAAUGAAUACUUUUGAAGUCAUCGGGUACUGAGAAUUUUUUUUUCCUGAAAACUGGAGCCUAUUUCCCAAGUCCUCCAUUUCCAGAGACUGUUUCUUCAAAGAGAAAAGAACUAGUUGAAACGCAAUUCCUUUUCAAACUCUUAUUUAAGUAUUCACAGAGUUUCCUUUUGAAAACUGAUGAGCCCCGUGUGUUUGGCGAGUGGCCACAUGGAUAUGCUACCCAAGUCAUCUGACGGCCAGAGAAACACUGGCUAAUAAAACGCAGCUUCCACCGUUCCUGUUAUUCACGGCCUGGCUGCCACAUGGCGAUUUAAUUAGUCCUUACUGACCUGGAUGACGGCCUGUGCUACCAUCCUUAACAUAGACGAUUAGCUCCUUCCCUGGGUGUGAACAAUCCUAUGUAGCCUGUAUGGUACAAUGUUAAGCAUGCACAUGCAUGAUUUGUUCCUAGUUAUUCUGUCUCUACUGUAUGUGAUGAUUAGAUUGGAUUCUGUGCUUUUCCUUCCUUUAAGACGCAUUGUCCAAAUAGUAUUUAAGUCAUUUGACUUCAAAGGAAUGCGUCUGAGUACAAGGUGUAAGUCACUGAAGAUAAUUUGGAACCACAUUCCAGUUAUUUCCAUAUCCUUCUGCAUUCUCCAGCAUCGGUAAUGAGACUAUCCGUAAAGCAACUUUAAAAUCCACCAUGCUUCAUUAAACUCAUUUACGCCUCACUGUAGGCAUUUAAAUAAAUUUAACUGGCCUAUAUAGAUGAAGGGCUUGUGUCUUUUGUGGGCUAUAAAGUAGUUUACAUGCAUUUUAAGCAUUGCCUCGAGGAGCACCUAAAUUUAGAUACUUUGACUUAAAAUGACACUCAGAAAGUUUGAGGCAGUGCAUUGCAACAUGGGUAAUUCUCUCGGUUUUUAACUGAGAAGGGAGAUCAUUUGUCUUCUGAUGUAUUAAGAAAAUAUAUUUCAAGCGAUAUGAAACUCUUUAUUACAGGAGUUUAAGUCACUAAGAUUGUGGCAUUGUAAUGUAGCUUAAGUAAUACAAACACACCAUCUGUACCUCAGAUGUUGUGUUGCUGGCUAGUGAGACAUUAAACGGUUAGGAUGACAGCCAUACUGCAGUGUCAGAUUGAGCGUGGCUGUGUUAUACCAUGGUGAGAAAAAGGAGCCCACAGGAAAGCCACUUUUUUAAACUAGCUUAUAUAUAAUAUGAUUUCAUAAGAAAGACCCAGCUGAUAGGAAAUCAUGAGUGCACACAUGUGUGUGACAUAUGAUUCUCUCUGUGGCAGUUAUUUCAGUGAAAUUGGUCUUCAGUGUUAUUUUUAUUUCCUUUUUGUCCAUUAGGCCAUGAAUCCAUAUGGCAUGGGCUCCCGUAGCUCAGGUUCCUUUCCGUUAGUCCUCACAGAGUGUGCUUCUCUGCGUGGCACAGGCUGAUGCUUUAGCUGAACCCAGGCGCCCUUCUCUUUGGCUUCCUCUUUCUUCUGAUCUUUCUCCCUCACCCGCUUCAGGAAGCUGACUCUUGGCUCUUCGAGUGCUUGCUGUGUGUGCUCAGUCCGCACAUUGGUCCUCUUGGCCAGAAUCUUGCCCUUAAUUUGCUUGUUUACAAUGAUGGCCACAGCAUCCUGGGUGACACUGCAGACCCUUCCAGUUUUGCCAUGGUAACACUUAUGGGGCGUUCCUUUCUGAACAGUGCCCAUUACUUUGAUGUCUACAACAUUACCCUUGUUGUAGAUUCGCAUGUAUGCGGCCAAAGGAACAACUCCAUGUUUCCUAAAAGGCCUAGAGAACAUGUACCGAGUGCCUCUCCUCCUUUCCCUUUGUGUUCAUCAUUUUUAUUAAUUCUUUGAAAAUCUCACACUCUACUUUGAUCACUAUCACCCUCCUCCCAAUUCCACAUACUCUUCCACACCCACCCAGCUCUUGUGUCCUGGUUAGUUUUUAAACACGUGAAUUUCUGUUUGUGCUACCUGUAUACUCUUGGGCGUGUAGCCAUCUGCUAGUCAACCAACGGGGAGCACACCGUAAAAGAAAACAAAGGUCCCCACCCCCAGCGUCUACCCACUGCAACAGCUCCUCAGCCUGGGGGUGGGACUUCAUGGCCAUCUCCAGUUCUUCCUGGAUUUCUUGAGGUCUGCACUGUCACAGAUCUGUUAGUUCAUAUGUGCAACUGCCCUCUUGUGUCUGGAAAACACUGUUCUUGUUUUAGUCAUCCACUGCCCCUGACUCUUAUAGUCUGUCCACUGCCCCCUUCCACAAUGGUCCCCAACCCUUGGAGAGAGAGAGAGCGUGACAUAGAAGUCCUAUUGAGGACAAAGGAUGCCACAGUCUCCUAUUCUCUGCAUCUUGACUGUUGGUGGGUCUCUGUGUUAAUCACCAUCUACAGUAGAAAAGACACUUCUCUGCUGAGAUCUGAUUCAGCUUACUGCUCUGUCUACUUAGUGGAGUAGUAGGUCCUGCCCUGACCUGGGAUCUGUCUAGCCACAGGUCCUGAUAACAGCACCAAGCAUACGUUCCUUCUUAAGGAGCAGGCCUUAAAUCCAGCCAGAAAGUAGUUGGUUACUCACAUGAUACUUGUGCCAUCAUUGUAUCAGGGGGCAUCUCUUGCCAGACCAUUCAUUGCCGUAACCCUCGGGGUUCACAGCUGGAUAAGAAUGGUGAUUAUGUGUCUCCUUUGGUGGUAUGCAUAGUACGUUCCAACACUAUGACAACUAGCCAGUAGCAAUGAAGCUUCUAGGUUAGCACCAGCUCAAUUUCUCCAUGUUCUAUGUGGUGGUUAGCAAUAGGAUCUUACCACUAAGUUGUAGAACAGCCUGUAAGGUUUGGUGGCCUAGGGGACUCUACUGGUAACAACUCUGGAAGAGGUAACCCAUUCCUGGCACUGGGUAGUCAACAAAUGAAAAGAUAAUGAAAAUAUGGAGCAGUUAUGUAAAUUUCAUUCAGCUUGGCUAGAAUCAUCUGGUCUUUCCAUAAUGUUCCAAUCCAGAGGACAAGUGUUUUAAGAAAGAAAGAAAUGGGCUGGAGAGAUGGCUCAGUGAUUGAGAGCACUGACUGCUCUUCCAGAGGUUCUAAGUUCAAUCCCAUGAUGGCUCACAACCAUCUGUAAUGGAGUCUGAUGACCUCUUCUGGUGUGUCUGAAUACAGUGACAGUGUACACAUAUACAUUAAAUAAAUCAUACAAUCAAUCAAGCAAGCCUAUCUCCUCCAUUAUCCAUCUUUUUUAGCUACAGUGAAUUUUAGAAGGAGAGUGAUUCUGGGCAGGGAGGUAGUGUGUGUGUGUGUGUGUGUGUGUGUGUGUGUGUGUGUGUGUAGUGUGUGAGUGUGUAUGUGUGGAGUGUGUGUGUGUGUGAAUUGUGUGUGUGAGAGAGAAUGUGUGUUUGUGAGUGUCUGUGUGUGUGUGUGUGUGUGUGUGUGUGUAUACACCUAAGUACAGAAGCCAGAGUUGAUUGGUACCCAGCAAGCACCAGGGAUCCUCCUGCCUGUGAACCCACAAACCCAGCAUUGGGGUAACAGACAUGUGGCAGACACUAAGCCAUCUCUCCAACCUUAGUGCUGAAUUCUGGUUGUUUUUAACUUGAAAAAUUUUUUUUCAUAAGAUAUAGUCUGAUUGGGUUGGGGAUUUAGCUCAGUGGUAGAGUGCUUGCCUAGCAAGCACAAGGCCCUGGGUUCAGUCCCCAGCUCCGAAAAAAAGAAAAAAAAAAAAAGAUAUAGUCUGAUUAUGGUUUCCUCUUCCAGAUCCUCCCCACCUCCCCACCCAUGCAAAAUCCCAAAUCUGUACCCUUUCCUUGUUUCUUCCUCUCUCUUUCUUUCUUCCGUCCUUCCUUCCUUCCUUCCUUUCUUUCUUCUUUUUCUUCUCUUAUUAGAAAACAAAUGGGUACCUAACAAUAAUAAAAAUAAAAUAAGAUAAAAUAAAAACAAACAAAUCAGAACAAAACAAAACAGAAUAAAUUCCAAGAGAAACACAAGAAACAUGCAGCCGCAGAGAUAACACACUUCCACACAUAGAAAUCCCAUAAAAACACAAAACUGGAAACCAUUUUAUACAACAUAAAAUGUUUUGCUUUUGUAUAAGGUAAAACAAACAACAACCAACACAAAAACAAACAAUAAAAAACCCACUGAGUUUAUUUGUGUUGGCCAUCUAUGCUGGGCAUAGAGCUUGCCCUUAGUAUAAUGAAUACACUCAGUGAGACUCCAUUGGAGAAAACUAACUUUUCCUUUGCAACUAGUUAUCAAAUGAAGACAGCUUGGGGAUUAGGUAUGGGGCUUGUGUCCCCUCCCCUCUCAGCACUAGGCCCUCAUCAGGCCCAGACCUGAGCAGGCCCAUGUACAUGCUGCCAGUCUCUGCCCAUACUUGUGUCAGCCCUGUUGUAUCUAGAAGGCCUUGUUUUCUUGGUGUCCUCCGUCCCAUCUGGCUCUCCCAAUCUCUCUGCCCCCUCUUCCUCAGAGUUCCCUUAACCCUGAGAGGAGGAUUUGAUGGAGACCCAUUUAGGACUGAGGGUUCAAGUUCUCUUGCUCUCUGCGCAUGGUCCAGUUGUGGGUCUCUGUAUACUAUACGCUCCAGUCUACCCACUCGGUGACUUCUUAACACGGAUACUCGGGUUAACCCUGCUAAUGUCUCCUUGUAUAAAACUGGUCCCCUGCCUCGUGUUCAUCACCAGCCCCUCAAGGUGUCAUUUGAAUGUUUUCUUUCUUUGGAUCUUUAAACUUCUGUCAAUCUCUCCACCUUACAGAGAAUUCCUCACUUCAUUCCCCUCAGAGGACUUCUUUUGACCACCAUGCUGUCUCUUUGUAUCACUUUGUCUGACGUCAUUGUAUUCAUUACCUCACCUUUAACAACAUGUUAUUUGUCUGCCUGCAGCUUUAGUAAAGUCCCCACGGGUUGAGGAGUUUCUGUUUAUUGCUCUGUCUCCAUCCUGAAUUAUCACCACAGAGUGGUAGGCGCUCCAUAAGUAUGGAUCAGACGAAUGUUAUCAGGAGGACUUCCCACAUACAGUUCCUUUUGGUCAAUUGUGUUGUGAUGAGUAUGGUUACCUGAAUUUACCCCUUGAGAUUCCUCCUUUUCUGGAAUUCCUGGGCUUUGUUCCCUGACCAUUUACUGCACCAGAGAAUCACUCUUUGCUCCCAACAGUGUUGGGAUGUGGAACUCUAGACUCUCCUGCCAGGAUUACUACACAGUAGGAUUCGUUUUCUUUUAUUAGUUUUACAUGAUCACACUUGGGUUCAAGUUCAUGUUCAGUCCCAGCACACAGCUCAGAAGCACAAAGGAACAGUUCCCUGCCCUUCCCCCACCUCACCCCACCCCUUUCUCCUCUAGUCUUUUGCUCGAGGCAGCAUCUCACAUAGGCCAGUCUGGCCUCAAGUUCUCUUUCAGCUGAGAGUGACCUUGAACUUUUGACCCUCCUAUCUCUGCGGCUCAAGAGCUGGGCUUAGAAGUAGAUGGAUGCCACCAUGCCCAACUCCAAAACUAGGGGUCACACCACAUGGCUCUGUGCAUGGUAAGUCAUCACUCUAAAAGCUAGCCUCGAGGUCUCAUGUUUUUACAGGUAUUUCUAUCCUCGGGCCAGGCACAGCUCUGUGUACCAUUCUUCCAUCUGCCGGCUGAGUUCCAGAGACCUUCUUUGCAGCUUCUCACAGUAUCAAAGACCCAGGCCUUGUCUUCCCAGCUCAGAGAACCUGCCUUCUGACUUCUUGUCCAUUUGCCCAUUUCUUGACUUCUCACUUUCAUCUAGAUCUAGAACUGUUUCUUUCCUGAUAUAUAUAUAUAUAUAUGUUUUAUAUUUAUAUAAAACAAAACAUGCUUCUGUUGUACAUGAACGUUACCUUUUGUCUUUGGGCGAGGGCUAGUUUCCCACAUCUGCUCAGACAAUCAUAUUAACCGAAGAUCCUGUGUGAAUUCUUUAUUUGAGCAUUUUGUAAGCAACGUCCCUGAACUGCCUGUUACUUCCAUACACCUUAAAGGCUUGUAAACUCAGGACCCAUCUUUGGGAGCAAGACUAGAAGUGUGUGUUCUCUAUCUCUGGGUUUUCUAGUGUUUUAAAGGAAAGGUUCCAUGUUAAUUAUGAAUAAUUCCUGUUCCAUUGAACCUUAAAUCUUCUCAGAAUUACAUGUUUUAAUUUCCGUCUAGGCUUUUAGGAGGCUUUUAUCAGAUAGAAUGUAACUGUGAGGGUAACUUUAAAAGCCAUUGUUGUUUGGUUUUUUAUUACUUAUUUUUAUAUUAAUAUUAAUACCAAACUGUGCUGACUGAGUUCCGGUUAACUUCCAAAAGGCUGUGCCUACUGGAUGCAAUAGGCCAACAUUAAUUUUAUUGUUACCAUAAAAUGCAUCUUACUUAUUUUCAAGUCGAAACGCACAGACUUUAAGUGCACAAUUGCUUGUGUUUGAAUAAACAAAAUAUAAAACACUGCUGUCACAUCAAGAAAUUUACUCUGUUGUAUGUUUCAUUCACAAAUUUAUCUUUUCCU